UUUUCUUUGGCACUGUUUUGGGGAAAAGGCCAAGACUUGUUGUCGGUCUAUCACUGUCCCCAGAGAGAAAAAUGUCACCUUUUUAGAUUCAGAUCGAAUCCUGUGGCUGGUGAGUGAGGGAGUUAAGUAAGCGAAAACGAAGCUCAGUCCCCCUCCCCUCCCUCCCUCCCUCAGAUUUUGUUCUUUUGCGCUGUUAGCUUCCAAGUCAGAAGUGUCAAUUCUUCCCCUGUUUGGUUCUACUGUCUCAUUCUAUUUCCGGCUCCCUCCCAAAAGCCAUUUCUUUCUCUCGACACUUUUAAGGUUCGUGCUUCUUGAAGCUGGAACGUCCUUUCUUGCAGUUACUUCAAUCAGACCAGCUUUGGGCCUCGCUUUUGCAGCAUCUCCUUCUGGGCAUCAGUUGUUUUUUCCCGAGAAGUUUACGCGACAGCUGCAUGCAAUGCUUUUCUUCCCCCCCCCCAUUCUAUUUCUGCUUGAGUUUCUGCAUGCAAAUCUUUCCGGGUUGAGCUUACUCUGUCUGUGGAGCGUAUCUAGUCUUCUGCGUCUUGUACUUUCACGAGUUUGGUUUGUCUGAGCUUUAGGGCAGUAAAUUUCUGGUUUUUGCUUGGGGGGUGUCGAUUGGUAUGAUUCUUGAUGCAAUCCGUGAAAUCUUGGAUCCUCUCAGGUUCAGUGCUGUGUUAAAGUGAGACUUGAGUCUCGGUUUUGCCACCUUUAUUGAGCUAAAAGAUCAGGAAAAAGGAUUAUAGGGUUCUGCAGAUUUUCCGUCUCUGAUUUGGGAAGGGAAAAAGUAGUUUCUGCUAUGUACGCAUACUGCAGUAGAUAGUAGGGGGCUCACUCAGAAGCUGCAAGCGAAGGAGAAAUUCUCCGGAAGAGUUCGAAUGGGAUCCCAAGGUUGUGAUGGUGGCAGCGGUGCUGAGGCUCUUGAAGAGCAGCAGAGGCUGCAGCCCUUGUCUCAGCAAGGCUCGCUCUACAGCCUCACACUCGACGAGGUCCAGAACCAGUUGGGAGGUUUGGGGAAGCCGCUAGGUAGCAUGAAUCUCGACGAGCUUCUCAGGAGCGUGUGGAGUGCUGAGUCCAAUACGGGACCCCUGGGCUUCGACUCAAAUACAAAUACUUCAGGGGCCCCGCAGUCUGGUUCUAUUCAGAGCCAGGGAAGCUUCACUCUUUCUCGGGAUCUCAGCAAGAAGACGGUGGAUGAGGUGUGGCGAGAUAUCCAACAGGGAAAGAAGAAGAAUAAGAAGAAGAGUAGUGAUGGUGGUGGCAAUGAGGUAGAGAGUGAUAAUCACCAGCGGCAGCAUCAAGAGAGACAGCUAACUCUUGGUGAGAUGACCCUCGAGGACUUUCUAGUAAAGGCCGGUGUCGUGACAGAAUUCGCAAAUGUUGGCAAUACUCAGGGUCCUAUUUCAGGGGUCAAUCCUAUUUCGGCUCCUCAGCAAGCCCAGCAGUGGAUGCAUUACCAGCUGCCUUCGGUGCAACACCAGCAGCCACAUCAGAACACUCAAAAGGUUAUGACGGUCUUUGUGCAGGGCCAUCCCUCAGUCCAACAGGCGGUUCCAAUUGGGACUGCCUCGAUCUUGGACAUGGCUUACCCCGAUGCUCAGAUGACCAUGUCACCCUCCUCAUUGAUGGGAACUCUCUCUGAUACUCAGACACCUGGUAGAAAGAGAUUUGCUUCAGGUGAAGUGGUGGAGAAGACCGUUGAGCGGAGGCAGAAGAGGAUGAUUAAGAAUAGGGAGUCUGCAGCUCGGUCACGGGCUAGAAAGCAGGCAUAUACUCAUGAACUGGAGAAUAAGGUGUCGCGCUUGGAGGAGGAGAAUGAAAGACUUAAAAGGCAGAGGGAGGCUGAGAAGGUAGUGCCCUCUGCGCCGCCUCCAGAGCCGAAGAACAAGCUCUGCAGAACGAGCUCCGCACCCUUCUAACAUAAUGUAACUUCAGCAUUUGAUACAGCCCUGGGAAGGAAAGAUGCUUUCGUCUGUGACUGAGACUAAUGCUGAGCUUGGAGAUCUCCUAUAGUUUUGACUGCAACAUUUGUAACCACCUUCUCGGGCUUCCCUUUCUUCCUCGAGUUUUCUUAGAUCAGACAGAUCUUUUCGAUCUUUCCUUGUAUGUACAUUAACCGAUGUGUACUUCGAGAUCGAACUCGCCCCGAGUGAAAACAGUUUCUGAGUUCUUCUAUAAUUUCCAAAAGAGUAUUUGAGUGAACAAUUGCUGAUC